ACUCUACUCCCCCUCCCUCCCCCUCAAUCCAAACGGACCAUAAAGAAACCCAUAUGCAACCUGAAUUUCAUAGGAGAGGAAGGGAAAAGGGGAAAGAGAAUCAUGAAAUGAGGUGAUCGAUAUGCAAUUUGGCAAAGGCAAGGGUGAUCACAAGUUGACUGGGUUCAGUAUGAUGGCCACCCUGUCACUCAACCAUGUCGAUUAGGGAAGAAAGAAACCCAUUGCCAACCGAUGCAAAUCUACUUACCAACCAUCUGACCAGAUUAGGCGAUUCCAUCAAUUUGGGUAGAGAUCAAUGUCAAGGCCAGCAAUCCAAGCCAAUCUCUGCAAGAUCUAAUGAAGAUGGAGUUGAUCUUCAUCAAAUCUAAUGGACAUCAAGAAGAGAGACUGGCAACUAGCAAGGGGUGAUGCUGGUGAGGUUGAGGUUUAGAAGGGAUGAAAACAGGCAAGUUUAAGUAUAGGAUAAUGGGUCGGAAAGCUGGUUCGCUUUAUAUUAACCCAAAGAAAUUUAGCUCUCUUCACAAACCUUGCAUGAAGGAAAUGAUUGCAUUUCUCAACUGCUUGGCUGUCAACAACAACAGUAAUGAUAAGUGCGUCCGGCAGAAGGAACUUUUGAGUGUCUGUAUGGACUCUCAGGCAACCAAUAAAAGAAAGUCUUGGGGAAGCAUUAAUUACCACCUGCAGAGGCUUAGCAGAGGAAGAAAGUAGUUUGGGCUUAUAGAGAAAGAAUGUUUUAUUAGUGUCUCAUCCUUCAAGUUCAGUUGCAGAGCCUUAGCAUGGGAACUAUUUUGGUUGGACCAGAAAAAGUUUAGAAAUCAUUUCCCAAUUUGAAUUGAAUGCAUCCGAUGAAAACAUCUAUUGUAGUUUAUGUUAAUUCUUGUUGCAGUGAAGAAUUUUACAGCAACUCUACAUUCGGUAGAAUGAAAUUAGACAAGAAAGGCAUCAGAGUUAUUUCUUUACCAUACUACUCAAAGCUUUGACAUGUUACUCAUUGAUAAGUGAUGACCUAUUUUAUUUUUAUCUGCUCACAUUUGUCAA